GCCAAACACGCGACAAUCAACAAGUGAAGUGACAGUUUACAAGUAAAUACAAAGUUUUUAAGUUUUAUUUCCAUUCUUCGGCAAAUUUAUCGUCGCAUUGAUACAAAAUGACCUAAACCGCUAAUGUGGCAAUAUUCCACAUCGAAAAUGCCAUCAGAAUAUGCGGAAAUGAUUGCUGCUAUAGCGUUCGGAGUUCUGUCCGCAAUAUUUGUAAGCGCUUUCGUCAUUCUGAUUGUUAUUUGCCGCAGACAGAGGCUGUUUUUCAAGUCAACUUAUCUGGACGGGGCCUACGAAACCAGGCCAGAAAAGCAUUUAAUAGAGCCGGAACGCCCGGAGCUGGAGUUAGGAGAAGUAAAUUUUAACUUUGACAACAUCUUAUCUGACGGGCAGUGGAUUGACGAUGCAACAGGCCUGAUUCCACAUUGCCUGGCCAUUCUAAAAACAUGCGGAUACUUGACCGAGCAACUGACCACACUGGCAACUAAUUCAACGCCAAUGUCGGGCAAUUUCAGCCAAAUAGUCGACAGUGCGAAGCGAAUCUCAUGCCGAGUGGAUGACAUGGUGAAAAGCAUGUACCCCCCCUUGGACCCAAAACUAUUGGAGGCCAGAGCCACUGCCCUUACCUUAUCAGUGACUCUUUUGGCUUUGAUUACGAAAUAUGAGUGCGGCCAAAAGGGAAAACAUAAUCUGCAUUUCAUUGACAAGCUUUUGCAGAAACUGGAUGGCCAUGUUUCGUUCUUGAGAGACGCCUCAUUGUACCAGGAGCAUAUCAACAAAUUUCCAAUGCAUACAAAUUCCGUUUAGACUGAGAAUCUCAAUGUUUUGCCUCAUGUAGCUGUUUAUACUAAAUUUUGUAUUUUGACGAGCGGAGAUAUAAAUAUAAUCCCAACA